CUCUGCGUCUUCUUCUUCUCGACGACGAGAGAAAGAGAGAGAGGGAGAGAAAACACCGAAGCGACGAAGAAGAAGAUUCUAAUCUAAUCUCGAGUUGUUGGGGGAGAUUAAUUAGACUUAAAGAAAUGAUGAGUUUCGCGAUUUCCGAUGAAUUUCUGGGGACAUUCGUGCCGAUUCUGGUGUAUUGGGUGUAUUCAGGGAUGUACAUUUGCUUAGGAUCUUUGGAUAAAUAUAGAUUGCAUUCGAAGAUAGAUGAGGAUGAGAAGAAUCUCGUUACCAAAUCCGCCGUCGUCAAGGGCGUUCUUCUUCAACAGACUCUUCAGGCUAUUAUCUCCGUUAUUCUCUUCAAGAUAACAGGAAGUGAUGCAGAUGCUGCUACGACACAGCAAUUUUCCAUUCUACUUCUGGCUAGGCAGUUUAUCAUCGCUAUGCUUGUAAUUGACACUUGGCAAUACUUCAUUCAUCGAUAUAUGCACCUCAACAAGUUCUUAUACAAGCAUAUCCACUCUCAGCAUCAUCGCCUUGUCGUGCCUUAUUCGUAUGGAGCUCUAUACAACCAUCCACUAGAAGGUCUUCUUUUGGACACUAUUGGUGGUGCUUUGUCUUUCCUCUUCUCUGGUAUGUCCCCAAGAACAGCCAUCUUUUUCUUCUCCUUCGCUACCAUCAAAACAGUAGAUGAUCAUUGUGGACUAUGGCUUCCGGGAAAUCCAUUUCACAUCUUCUUCAGUAAUAAUUCUGCUUACCAUGAUGUUCACCACCAACUCUAUGGAACCAAAUACAACUUCUCGCAGCCAUUCUUUGUUCUGUGGGAUAGGAUUCUCGGUACUUACUUGCCUUAUUCACUUGAGAAAAGAGCCAAUGGAGGAUUUGAAACACGGCCAAUCAAAGUAUCCAAAGAUGAGUAAUUUCUCUUUCUUUCUCUUGGGGGCUUUUUGUCACUGCUAAGUCAUCAUUUGCUCGUUAGAGAACCACUGUAACCUUUGCGUACUUGUAACUGUACAUACAAUUCCAAUCUAUCCUUUUUCGAUCUGCAGGCAGACGUUUCUGUGUAAGCCAGCAGUAAAUUCAUUUUGUAAUAGCCAAAACUUCAGAUCUUCUCUGUUGUUAUUAUCUGCUUUAUAAUUCCAGGUUUUGAGACCUGUGAGAGUCUCAUCGAUCUCCUUCACA